UUUGAGUCGUGCGCUGUUAUGUUCGGUUAUAAAAACGCUAAAAACGUAAAGAAAUUUAAAUAGAAAUUUGUGUGUUAGAAAAGAAAAAUAUAUAGAUUAUAUAGAAAAUCUUAAGAAAAACAACUACUGAAAAUGUUUUAAUAUAAAAAUAAUUUAAUAAAAUUUCUUAAUAAAAGAAAAUUUUUGUUAAAUUAAACAAGAAUUUGUUUAAUAAAAUUUCAAAUAAAUAAAGUGUUUAAAUAAUUUGCAAACUAAAGGAAUAUAUUUUUUUUAGACAAACAAAAAAACAAGGUUGAGACCAUCAAAAAAAAGGAAAUAACAGCAGCAGCUAGAGGAGUAAAUAAGUGAUUAUUUUUUUAUACAAGAAAAAAAAAAAAAAAAAAAACGACAGGCGUUGAAAAUUAGUGUAAAAGAGAGAAAAGUUUAAAAAGAAAACUUUUUAAAGUGUAAACAAAUAAAUUAAAAGUUUUGUGCAUAAACUUAAAAAAUUUUACAAAAUUAACUGAAAGUUUUAAAAAGAAACAAAAACAGAGUUUAAAGAAACGACGGUGAAAAAGCUUAAAAUUUUUAAAAGCUUUGUAAAAGUGUUUUUAGAGAGCAAAAGAGCUUAAAGUUUGAUACAAUUUUUUUGGAAAGGAAAGGUAACAGUGAACAGAAAAGCUUUAAGCUCUCCAACUUUGCAAAUUAUUACAGAAAAAAAGUAUUAAAAUUUGCACAUGAAAGCGUUAGAUUAACGACAAAAAUUUUGAAAAAAAGUCUUAUGAGAAUAUUUAAGUGAAAUUUUGAAAAAAAAACCCCAAAAAAAUUCUACAAAAAUAAAAUUCUGUCGCCGUUGUUAAUAAUACAGCGACAAAGUGAAUUUAUUUCAGCAUACCAUGUCCUCGAUAUCGGCGCAAGGCGUGGUCGAACGUGCCUCCGCUGAACUUUCCAAGCGUAUAAACGGCCUCGGCUUGCGUUCGAAACAUCAUCAUGGCAAUAGCAGUAACAGCAGCAGUGGUAGUGGCAACAACAGCAGCUCCAACAAUAGCAAUAAUACGUCGGGAGGUGGAGGAGGCGGAGGAGGCUCUUCCUCCAACUCUUCCAACAGUUCCAGCUCAACGAACUCAACGUCCUCGUCCGCUUCAACGUCGUCCUCGUCAACGGGUAAAACUUCGGUAAUGGAGCGUGUAACGAAUGCUUUGUGCGGUGGCAAUUCCUCCUCUAACAACUCAAACUCUAAUUCCAAUACGACAAAUUCCAAUCUUUCGAACAGCAACAACAGUACAAGCACAACAGCAGUUGGCAGUGCCGCCACUACACCCGACAAACCCUCUAGAGCAGGCACCUUAGGUAGCACACAAACCCUUGUCAGUAGUAACACUACAAUACAGCAACAACAACAGCAGCAGCAACACACUACAGUUACCGUCUCUAGCUAUCAAAUGCUGCAGAAGAGUCAGCAACACCAGCAGCAGCAACAGCAUCAACAGUAUUUAAGUUCUCAAAUAGCUAACUCUACUCUGAUCAACUCAAAUCUAAUGAACUCCUCCUCAGCCUCCCCACCAGCAGUACCAGGCAUUCCAAUGGGUGCACCGCCCGCACCCUCGGUCACUUCAAUUGCCAAGCAAAUGAACAUAACCAUACCUGGCUCGCCUCAAUUCACCACCAUGGGCAUGGCAGCAGCUCAAAAAUCACAAUCGGCCACACCUCUACAAAUGCGCAAACAACUACCCAAUCCUCAUAUGCAUCAUCCCUAUGCGGGUGCCGGAUCUGCGGCCACUCAACUAGCUCAGGCUGUUACCCAGUCCUCACUGAUCUUACCUAAACUACCGCCUCCCAUUACCAGCAUUGAAAUACUCAUGAUGGAUGAUCGUUUCCUGAAUAAAUUCUUCCUGUAUUUCUCUUCAUAUGAGCGUCGAGUGUUGGCUCAAGUUUGUACAAAAUGGCGAGAUGUUUUAUAUCGCAGUCCACGUUAUUGGUCGGGUUUGCUGCCGACACUACAGUGCCGGGAACUGAGACAAAUGUCUGCCUCGGAUAGAGUGAAACUGUUUAAUACUCUUAUCAGGCGGGGUUUUCAUGCUUUGGCGUUGGUGGGCGCCAAUGAUGAUGAUGCUUAUGAUGUGGUGCAUUCGUUUGCCUUGGCGUCGAAACAUAUACAUUCGCUAUCGCUGAGAUGUUCAUCGAUAUCGGAUCGAGGUUUGGAGGCUUUGCUAGAUCAUUUGCAGAGUCUUUUUGAAUUGGAACUGGCUGGUUGUAAUGAGGUCACCGAAGCUGGCCUUUGGGCAUGUUUAACACCACGCAUUGUUUCAUUAUCGCUGGCUGAUUGUAUAAAUAUUGCUGAUGAGGCUGUGGGCGCGGUGGCACAAUUGUUGCCCUCAUUAUAUGAAUUUUCAUUACAAGCUUAUCAUGUUACCGAUGCUGCUUUGGGCUAUUUUUCACCCAAACAAAGUCAUAGUUUAAGUAUAUUACGCUUACAAUCAUGUUGGGAAUUAACCAAUCAUGGUAUUGUUAAUAUUGUCCAUUCUCUACCACAUUUAACGGUAUUAAGUCUAUCGGGCUGCAGCAAACUGACCGAUGAUGGUGUUGAAUUAAUAGCAGAGAACUUACAAAAAUUGCGUGCAUUAGAUUUAUCAUGGUGUCCACGUAUAACCGAUGCUUCAUUAGAGUAUAUUGCCUGUGAUUUAAAUCAAUUGGAAGAAUUGACUUUGGAUAGAUGCGUUCACAUUACCGACAUCGGUGUCGGUUACAUUUCCACAAUGCUGUCUCUGACCGCGUUAUUUUUACGUUGGUGUUCGCAAGUUCGCGAUUUUGGUCUACAACAUUUAUGCUCAAUGCGUAAUCUACAGGUUUUAUCAUUAGCUGGCUGUCCACUACUCACCUCAUCUGGUCUCUCUAGUCUUAUACAGUUACGACAUCUGCAAGAGCUAGAGUUGACCAAUUGUCCAGGUGCAUCACAAGAAUUAUUUGAAUAUUUAAAAGAUCAUUUGCCACGCUGUUUGAUAAUAGAAUAAUUUAUGGAAAUCUAAAAAAAAAAACAAAAAGAUUUUUAAUACGGAGUUUAAGGCAAAACAAAAAAGUUCAAUAUUAUUUUUGUAAGUUUUUUUUUGAAAUUUUAUUUUCUUUAUAAUUUUCUUGUUUAGUUUUCUUCUUUAACUAUUUAUUAACUUUAACUACUAUUUGUUAAGUAAAUGUUGUUUAUCUCUUUUUCAACUAUUUUCUAUCUAAUCUAAUUAAUUCUUUAUUUUUUGUAAAAAAUAUACUAAAAAUAAUUUUAGUUCCUGCAAUAGAAAUUUUUAUUUAUAAAAUUUUCUUUCUGUGAUUUUAGUUUUUAAGUUGGCAAAAGAAUAUUUCAUAUUUUUUAAAAUAAUAUUUAUUACUUUAUUAUAAAAAAAAAGAAAAACUAUUUAAAAUUCAAAGACUAAAAAGCGAAAUAAAACAAGCAAUGUUUACUUUAACCUAGAAAUCUAUUGAAAAAUCCAUAAAAAACAGAACGUUUUAAAUUAAAAGCCAUAAUAAUCCAUUGAUUGAAUUAAAACUAAAGAUGCAAGCUACAAAUCUAUUUCAAAAUAAAAACAAAUUAACAACAUUUUAUAAGAUAAUAUAAAAAUUUUAUAAAAAAUUAAGUAAACUUGCGGUUAAUGAUUAAAACCGACACGCAACCGCUUUAAUUGUGUUUACGGCCAAAAGAGAAUGUUAUUUUUGAAAAUUAACGUUUUACAACACUAUAUUUCUUCUCACAUUAAAAACCAAGUGUUGUAAAACGUUAAUUCAAGCUAUUUAUUCUUUUCUGUUAAGUUCUUAGUUCAGCUCAAUUUUAGCUCUAGUUGAGUUCAGUACUAGUUCAUUUCUAGUUCAGUUCUAGUUCAGUUCUAGUUCAGUUCUAGUUCAGUUCUAGUUCAGUUCUAGU